GUCACACACUGUCCAAUCUGUCAGCCCGUGCGCAUCCAACGCACAACCCAACACUGCUACUAGUACUUAGAUGCCUGCCAAGCUGCCCCUACCGCGCAAGUUCUUUACAUGUCCCGAGCUGGACGUGGACUCUGCUUCGAUGCUGGCAGACCACGCUGUGAACGGUCUGAAAACGAUGGUCGAGCUCGCUCGGUUCCAAGGCGGCCCCAUCACGUGGACACUUGAAUCGGACAAGGACGGCAUCCAGAACUACUCUGGGUCUGGCACCCAUGCACCGGUCGGGGCCGUGCUCACGCUUCACGUGACCAACGUGGAAGGGACGUUGGAGGACGCGGCCUCUCUCAUGCAAAGUACCAACCCAGCCGACUAUACGGCGUACUGCGCAGCGUUCGCGCCCGAUGUCAGCGACAGCGCGACGCUAUACACCCUUCGAACGCCGUCCGCUGCCAAGCCGCGAGAGUAUGCAGCGGUGAAAUGGCAGUGCUUUGAAUCACCCACGUCGCUGGUCAAGAGUCGAGAUGUGUGCUAUGUCGAGGCACAACAAGAUGUGACACUGCACCACGGCGUCAAAGGCUGGGCGCGGUGCAUGCAAUCGAUUGACUUGCCGUGCUGCCCCAACCUCCAGGACUCUCACGAUCUCGUCCGUGGCUGGCUCCACUAUGGCGGGUACCUCUUUACCGAGACUACCAUUCCCGGCGAAAUGCAGAUCAUCCACGUACAAUGCAUGGACUUCAAGGGCCACUUGCCCCAAUUCCUCGUCAAACUGUCGUCGAAAGCCCGCAUGAAGACACUCGCGAGGCUGCAUCGGCACUUCGCGCAAGCCGCCGUGUCGUUCUACCGGGCGCCGCUCAAAUCUACCCGACGGCGCAAGUGUAUGCUGUGUACAGUGGGCCCACAACUCACAUGUUCCAAAUGUCUGCAGGUACGACAAUUGACAUGUGUGAUGAUUGGAUGAUACGGGGGAGGGGCGUUCGUUCGUAUAAUGAUUGAAGUAUAUACAGUACUAUAACUCUUAACAAUACUGGAGUUAUGUGAAUAUUGGAUUUUCUUGUGUGCUGUAUAUAUAUAUAUCCUUUAGUUUUGAACGUACGGCUGCUAUUAUAUUGAUCAAGUCAUCUUGAUUGGAUGUUUGUUCUGUAUGAUGUCCCGUUCAUUUAUAUUAAUCACUGAAAUUAUGCUCUAUUUCGAUGGUGUUCGUGACUUCAUUUAUUUCCUACUGGAACUAGGAUCUAUGACGACUAUAUAUAUAUAGAAUUCGCCAUGUUUCGGGACUAUACGUGACCAUGGGUGAAUUUCAUUAUUUAUACAUUAUUAUAUGUGUAGGGAGUGUGCAUGAACUGCAACAAAUACUGGAAGAUGACGACCCCCGAAGGCCGAAAGACCCGCGUGUGCUACGCGUGCUCGUCGGCGCAAGCUACGGGGUUUCGAGGCGCCAAAAGUGAUGUGCUCGUGGACGAUUCGCUGUUUGAUUCCAUGAGUGGCAGCGAUCAUUUGGUGGCAUCUCUUACAGAACUAGGCCUGGACCGAGAUGGCAGCGUGGGGUUGGAUAAGGACGGCACCAUCCGAUUUCUGGCCCCAAGAGGGUUCACGUCUCCGUUUGAUUUGGAGGGUCGGCAGUCGUACCAUAGCGCAGGCAGCCACCAUUCCAAAGCAUGAACGGUCGAAAGAACAAGGAAUUUUGUUGGUUGAGAAAUAUACUAACUAUUAAUAGUAAAUGUAGUAAUGGUUGGAUAAUUGAGUGG